UGUAACACUCUUCAACAGCUUCAUCAUCUUCAUCUUACUUCUUUUCGCCCCGAAAUCGAACUAAAAUCGCCUGAGCUGUAUGCAGCAUCUGAGCCUUCUUCCUGCUAAUUUUCUUUUUUAAUCAUUAAUUUCUGUGAGUUGAAAAUUUAUCGAAAAAACGUAGCAUAAUGGCUUCGAGUUCUGAAAUAGGGCUUGCAGCAGCUACAAACAUACUAAUGGCAUUUGUUUUUUUGGUGGCAUUUGCUAUACUUAGGAUUCAGCCGUUAAACGAUAGAGUGUAUUUUCCGAAAUGGUAUUUAAAAGGGUUAAGAAACGAUCCACUUCAAUCGGGUGUGUUUGUGCAGAAGUUUGUCAACUUGGAUUUCAGAUCAUACUUGAGGUUUUUGAACUGGAUGCCUGCUGCAUUGCACAUGCCAGAACCCGAGCUUAUUGAUCACGCAGGAUUGGAUUCGGUUGUUUACUUGAGAAUUUACUUGACAGGACUUAAAAUAUUUGUUCCAAUUGCAUGCCUUGCUUUCGCGGUCUUGGUGCCGGUCAACUGGACUAAUCAGACUUUGGAGCAGUCAAAAUUAACAUAUAGUGACAUUGACAAGCUUUCAAUAUCCAACAUUCCAACCGGAUCAAACAGGUUUUGGACACAUAUAGUCAUGGCUUACGCCUUUACCUUUUGGACAUGCUAUAUUUUGAAAAGAGAGUAUGAGAUAAUUGCGUCAAUGAGGUUGCAUUUUAUUGCAUCAGAACAACGAAGGCCUGAUCAAUUUACUGUGCUCGUGAGAAAUGUGCCAUCAGACCCUGAUGAGACAGUCAGUGAGCUUGUGGAGCACUUUUUUCUUGUCAACCAUCCAGAUCAGUAUUUGUGUCAUCAGGUCGUGAGAAAUGCAAAUGCACUCUCAAAAUUGGUUAAUGAGAAGAAAACAAAGCAAAAUUGGCUUGACUACUAUCAACUGAAGUAUAAUAGAAAUAACCAUUCAAAAAGGCCAUCAAUGAAGACUGGUUUUCUUGGCCUGCACGGUAAGAGGGUGGAUGCUAUUGAUUAUUAUCAAUCCGAGGUUGAGAAACUAAUGAAAGAGAUAUGUAAAGAGAGGGAAAAGGUUAUUACGAGCUCCAAAUGCGUUGCUCCAGCUGCAUUUGUCUCUUUUAAAUCACGAUGGGGUGCUGCGGUUUGUGCACAAACUGAACAAUCCAGGAACCCAACUAUCUGGUUAACUGAGUGGGCCCCAGAACCCCGUGAUGUUUAUUGGGAUAAUCUUGCCAUUCCAUUUGUUUCACUCACAAUUAGAAGACUUAUUAUCGCCGUGGCCUUUUUCUUCCUGACGUUUUUCUUCAUGAUCCCAAUAGCAUUUGUACAGUCACUUGCAAAUAUUGAUGGCAUAGUGAAAGCAGCUCCUUUCUUGCAAGGCAUUAUGGAAGUGAAAUUUGUGAAAUCUUUCAUACAAGGAGUUCUUCCAGGAAUCGCUUUGAAGAUCUUCCUCAUUCUUCUACCUUCAAUCUUGAUGAUGAUGUCUAAGUUUGAAGGUUUCACCUCUAUAUCAGCUCUAGAGAGAAGAUCUGCAACAAGAUAUUAUAUUUUUCAGUUUAUAAAUGUCUUUCUUGGGAGCAUAAUUACAGGGACUGCAUUUCAACAGCUAAAAACCUUCAUUCACCAGUCUGCAAACACUAUCCCAAUGACAAUUGGUUCAUCUAUACCAAUGAAAGCAACCUUCUUUAUAACUUAUAUCAUGGUCGAUGGAUGGGCUGGAGUUGCUGGUGAGAUUCUGAGGUUAAAACCAUUAAUAUUCUAUCACUUAAAGAAUUUUCUCUUGGUGAAAACCGAAAAGGACAGAGAAGAGGCAAUGAAUCCUGGAAGUUUGUCUUUCAACACGGGGGAACCUCAAAUCCAGCUUUAUUUCUUACUUGGCCUUGUUUAUGCUGUUAUCACCCCGAUUCUGCUACCGUUUAUAGUAGUUUUCUUCGCCUUGGCUUACUUGGUGUACCGUCAUCAGAUAAUAAAUGUGUAUAAUCAACAGUAUGAGAGCGCUGGAUCUUUCUGGCCAGAUGUACAUCGCCGCAUCAUAACUGCACUAAUUGUAUCCCAGUUGCUUUUGAUGGGUCUUCUUAGCACAAAAGAAGCUGUGAAUUCAACCCCAUUGCUUAUAGUACUCCCUGUGCUCACCAUAUGGUUCCAUAGAUUCUGUAAAGGACGGUUUGAACCAGCUUUCAUUAGGUACCCUUUACAGGAGGCAAUGAUCAAAGAUACACUAGAGCGCACAAGGGAGCCAGGUCUAAAUGUCAAAGUUUAUCUAGAAAAUGCAUACGUUCACCCAGUUUUCAAUAAUGAAGACAGAUGGGAUGGGAGUGAUGAUGGAUUUAGUGAUGAAGAGAAUCCAAAAGAACCUGCCCUGGUCCCCACAAAGCGUCCUUCACGAACAAACACACCAGCACGAAGUCAACGUAGCGAGUCAACACGAACCUUGUUGUGUGUUACGGAUGAAAGAUCCUGUCCAUAAGACAGAUGUAGUGGUAUUCGAUAUAGAGUUUUAUGAGGGAUUGUACGUAAUGAGAGGCCUUUUGUGUAUAUAUUUAGUUAUGAAAUUGGCUACUUUAGAGUUUAGGCCAUCUUGUUCUUGAUGGAAACACCGUAUUGUGCCAGUGUCUAUUACAAUGAAGAGAAAAAUAU